GCCGCCGCCCUGGGUUUCUCGCCUCUAGGUCCCUGAGCUCCGGCCGUGGCAUCCUCAGGGGCGGAGGCCGUCUGGCCUCGUGCUGCUGUCCCUGCUCUCUCCUCUCUCGCGUCGGUCAAGUCCUGGCUUCUCGCCGCGCCGCCCUUGCCCGGCCCUCCGCUAACUUGCGCUUUCUCUUUUCCGGUUGGGGAGGACGUGACGGGAAGGGGAACUAAGCUGAGGGUUCACUCCGUGCCACGCUGCUGUAGAGCCAGUUUCUGAAGUGAAGCAUAGUUAGUCCAGCUGGUGGAAUGGCGGAGCUUCUCUUCCCAUCUGAUUGUAAAGGCUGCGUUCCAUUAAACUAGUUGUCUUCUUUAGCUUCUAGUGAGCCAAGGGAGGACGAAGGCAGCGGGAGGGCAUCACUUUGUGACUUGCAAAGUGGUGGAAGAGGCUUUUGUGUUGAAUUGAGACAGUGGAAGAUUUGGUUUCCGGUCGAUUUGCAAAGAAAACUACCGAACCUUCCGAGUAGAAGGGUGAAGCGUAUGGUGUAUCAGUAUUUGCUGAUUUUUGCAUUACAGUAAUUCAUUUCUUAUUUGAGAGGGGAGAGAGAGAUCCCUCAACUAUUUAAGAAUCCGAUGUGCAUUUGGCUUUGAAAAUUUUCCUCUUUUGUUCAGAGCUUCACUCCUACCAGUUUCUGACUAGGUUAGAUGGGUGCCUCGAAUCCAUCUGAUUGCUGGUAAUAAGAAAUACUAAAGCCGGGUGUGGUGACUCACACCUGUAAUCCCAGAACAUUGGAAGGCCGAGGCGGGGGGUGGGGGGCGGAUCAGGGGGAUCACCUGAGGUCAGGAGUUCCAGCGGGCGUGGUGCUGCUUGCCUGUAAUCCCAACUACUCGGGAGGCUGAGGCAGGAGAAUCGCUUGAACCUGGGAGGUGGAGGUUGCGGUGAGCCCAGAUGGUGCCAUUGCAUUCCAGCCUGGGCAACAAGAGCGAAGCUCCGUCUCAAAAAAAAAAAAAAAAAAAUCAAGUGUUUAUCACAGGUGGGAUAGCCAGUGGUAAAUAAUCGAGGCCCUAAUGUGGUGGAGCCAUUGCCUAAUCUCAAGAAUCACCUGGAGAGUUUAUGUGGUUAUUUUAUAUCCCAGGCCUCACCCCAGUCCUACCAAAUCACAAUCAGGAGAGGGGUGGCAGAGUGAAAACCUGUAUGUCCUACAAGCAUUCCAGGUGAAUUUUAUCAGGGGCUUGUGAAAACCUUACAUACAUUGCAUCCUCAUACAGUGUAGCAGAUCUGUCAGGCACUAAUCUUAAACUUCUGAGGAGGAGGAAAAUGAGGACAGGUGGAAGUGGUAAUCCCAUUUGAGAUUGCGUGGUUUAAGGGGGAAGAAAAGAUUAAUACUGGCUGGGCGCGGUGGCUCACACGUCUGUAAUCCUAACACUUUGGGAGGCUGAGGCAGGUGGAUCACCUGAAGUCAAGAGUUCAAGACCACCCUGGCCAACAUGGCAAAACCCUGUCUCUACUAAAAAUACAAAAAAUUAGCCGGUUGUGGUGGCAGGCGCCUGUAAUCCAAACUACUUGGGAGGUUGAGGCAGGAGAAUCGCUUGAACCAGGGAGGUAGAGGUUGCACUGAGCUGAGAUUGUGCCACUGCACUCGAGCUUGAGCAACAGAGUGAGACUCCAUGUAAAAUAAAUAAAUACUGUACACGUAUUAGGAAGCAACAGGAAGUGUGUUAAACAUUUAAGGUUUAUGUGCACGUCAUUGUACUGGUUUUAGAAAGGGGAAGCAAAAGAAAACUAAUGAGCCUCCAGUAAAAAUUGGGCAUGAAGAUCAUUUGAAACAGUAAACAAGAAACACAUGAAAUAUUGAAGAUUAAGAUUUAAUGUUUGAAAAGCCUGCCAUUUGUAUAGAAAGUUUAAAAAUGACAUUUUUGUGGUUGCAAAAAAUAUAUACAUUAUGAGAAUAUAUGCCUGAAAUAGAGCACUUGCCUCUGGAAAUAAGCGCUUAAAGUUAAUAGAAUCAGUUACCUUAUAUAUAACCUUUAUAUGCUGACUUCUUAUGACUGAAAUUUUAGCAUGAAUGACGCAGUCCAUGUCAUUUGAUGUAUUAAUAGUAGGCCUGAAGUGGGACCAGGAAUUUGCAUUGUUUACAGGUACUCUGGGUGGUGACACCAGGGUCUGAAAACUGCAGGCCCAAGGCAGCCCACCAGCCAAGAAUGGUGGUUUAAGGUCUUAAGGAUUGUAAAACAAAAGUAGUAUAUGUGACAGAUUUCACUAGUCCACAGAGACCGAAGUAUCUUCUGUCUGGCCUUUUACACAAAAAGGAAAAAAUAUCUCAUUUGGGCUCUUCGCAGACUUUACUAUACCAAGCUUUUCGGCCUGAAAGUAGAAACGUGCAUAGUUUGCCAGUUGUAUGGAACCAUCCAAGGGAAGAGAAGAGUUGAAUUUUAACACUUACUAUUUUAUGUUUUUAGAAAGCUUGUUGUUUGUGUGGAAAAUUUAUAUUGAUUUGAUAGUCUGUGUGUGUAUCUCCUUUUUUUCUUUUCUUUUUGAGACAGAGUCUCACUCUGUCCCAGGCAGUUCCCCUGCCUCAGCCUCCCUAGUAACUGGGAUUACAGGCGCGCGCGCCACCGUUUUUUUUUUUUUUUUUGUAUUUUAGUUGUGAUGGGGUUUCACCAUGUUGGCCAGGAUGGUCUUGAUAUCCUGACUUCGUGUUUCCACCCGCCUCGGCCUCCCAAAGUGCUGGGAUUACAGGCCCACCACGCCUGGCCUUUUUUUUGUUUUUUUUAAAAAAGACAGAGUCGGUAGCUAGGAUGCCUUGUGGAAGCGGAAGCUGCACCUCCCACAUGGCCCCUUCGGCCAGCCGGGCCUCUCAGAUGAGAGCUGCACCCAGGCCAGCACCAGCCGCUCAGCCACCAGCAGCGGCACCCCCCUCUGCAGUUGGCUCUCCUGCUUCUGUGCCCUGGCAGCCAGGUCUGCUGUCCCAGAUGGCAACCACUGCAGCUGGCGUGGCUGUGGGCUCUGCUGUGGGGCACACACUGGGCCACGCCAUUACUGGGGGCUUCAGUGGAGCAAAUGAUCCUGAGCCUUCGAGGCCUGACAUCACUUACCAGGAGCCUCAGGGAACCCAGCCAGCACAGCAGCAGCAGCAGCCUUGCUUCUAUGAGAUCAAACAGUUCUUGGAACGUGCCCAGAACCAGGGGGACAUCCAGCUCUGUGAGGGUUUCAGUGAGAUGCUGAAACAGUGCCAACUUACAAACGGAUUGGCCUAAUCAAGAAGUUCAAACUGGAGAAAUGGAAAACCAGCUCUUAUAACCAAGUUAACUUAAUAUAAAAAUUUAAUUAAUAGUGAAGGUGUAAAGUGUAGCCAUCAGGUAAACCUCUCCUGUCAUUCCUAGCUUCCUUGCUUCGGAAUUGAAAUGGAAGGGGGUUUUCCUACUCUGUAGAAUUUGGAGCUGGUGAAAUGUUUGUGUGGCCUCCUUAAACUAGCUGUUAUGAUUUUAUUCUUUUUGAGUUAAUUAGAAUAAAGUGAUUUUCUUCCCCCCCCCCCCAAAAAAGAGUCUUGCUGUGUUGCCCAGGCUGGAGUGGAGUGGUGCUAUCUCAGCUUACUGCAAUCUCUGCCUUCCAGGUUCAAGCGAUUCUCCUGCCUCAGCCUCCCAAGUAGCUGGGAUUACAGGCAUGCGCCACCAUGAUGCCUGGCUAAUUUUUGUGUUUUUUAAUAGAGACGGGGGUUUUGCUAUGUUAGCCAGGCUGAUCUCGAACUCCUGACCUCAAGUGAUCUGCCCACCUCGGCCUCCCAAAGUGUCACAGGCUUGAGACACCAUGCCUACCCUCAAUUAUCUUUAGGUAAGAUAUUAGUGAGUCAUGUACAUUAUAUUUUGUUUUAACUGACCAUCUAUUAACUCAAGAUGGGGUCAAGAAAAUAAUUGUGGCAUGCCAGAGUUUAUGUAGACUUCCCCCCCAAAAUAUCGUUUGUUUUCUUAAGAGGUGGGUUGCUCUGUCACCCAGGCUGAAGUGCAGUGAUGCCAUCAUAGCUCACUGCAGCCUCAAACUGCUGGGUUCAAGGGAUCCCCCUCCCCUGCCUCCAGAAUAGCAAGGACUACAGAUACACACUACCAUGCCUCGGGCUCUAUUUUAAGUGGAAUGAAUCUAAUCAAUUAUGUAUGCUUAGACACAUUUUGUCUCCAUUUGAACAUUAGGCCAUUUCUACUCAAUUUGUUCUACAAAUCUUGAGUAACAAACAUUAGUGCUGACCUGUAUAUUUAAGUUGUAUUGUCUUUCCCCUUGCACUCUCAAAAACAAUUCAUAAGGGCUGUGUGGUGGCACGGGCCUGUAGUCCCAGCACUUUGGGAGGCUGGGGCAGGAAGAUUGCUUGAGUCUAGGAGUUUGAGACCAGCCUGGGCAAUAUAGGGGCCCCUGUCUCCACAACAAAUUAAAAAAAUUAAUGCGUAUGGUGGUUCUUGCCUCUGGUCCCAGCUACUUGGGAUGUUAAGGUAGGAGGAUUGCUUGAGCCUGGAAGGUGAGCGCUGCUGUGAGCCACCAGGGCACUACCACACUCCAGCCUGGGCGAGAGAGAGAGACCGUGUCAUAUAAAACUCAAAAAAACCAGAGCAUUUCAUGAGACUGUGUUGUCACUCACUAUUAGGUCAACAAACAUGGAUAUGACGUUUUCUGCUUAAGUUACAGGGCUGUAUUUAAAAAGCUGAACCAUGACCGUGUGGCUGGUGGCAGAUUAAGUGUUCAUGGGUCCUCCCAUUUGAGCACAUUUGGUUGCCUCCACAAAUCACUCAUUAUUGGCAGAAGGACCAAAGCAGCAGACUCAAGGCAGGCCUGCCUUCAUGAGCUGGUAAAUGCCUCAAGCGACCCUCUUCCCCAUCCCCAUCCAUUUCACUGUGGUGCUUCACCUUGUUUUCCUGACUUAUUCAGGUCGGUAAUUUAUUUUUCUUUCUUAUAUACCCAUCCGAUUCAGUAGAGCCAGAUAGCCUAAACCCAAGAAUAAGUUCUCAAACAUUUGCAGUUAGAGACAUUUAUCAUGCUUUUCCUGGUUUGUUUCCCACUUGAAGAAAUUUAAGGCCAGGUGCAGUGGCUCAUGCCUGUAAUCCUUUGGGAGCACUUUGGGAAGCACAUUGGGAGGCCGAGGCAGGCAGAUCAUCUGAGGUCAGGAGUUUGAGACCAGCCUGGUCAAUAUGGCAAAACCCCAUCUCUACUAAAAAUACAAAAAAAAAAAAAAAAAAAAAGUCAGGCCUGGUGUCAGGCACCUGUAAUCCCAGUUUUUCAGGAGGCUGAGGCAGGAAAAUCACUGGAACUCGAGAGGCGGAGGUUGCAGUGAGCCAAGAUGGCGCCACCGCACUCCAGCCUGGGCAACAGAGAGAUCAAAAAAAUAAAAAAUUUUAUUUAUUUAAUUUGACCCAGAAUUCGCUGUUUUGCCGAGGCUGGAGUAAAGUGGCAUGAUCUUGACUCACUGCAUCCCCCGCCCUUCCAGGUUGAAGCAAUUCUCCUGCCUCAGUCUCCCAAGUAGCUAGGAUUACAGGCAUGUGCCAUCAUACCCGGCUAAUUUUUGUAUUUUUAGUAGAGAUGGUUUCACUAUGUUGGCCAGGCUGGUCCUGAACUCUUGACCUCAGGUGAUCCACCCACCUUGGCCUCCCAAAGUGCUAGGAUUAUAGGCGAGAGCCACUGAAAAAAACAAAUUUAAAACGAAAGCUCACUAAAGAGAGAAAAUGUACCUUAUAAUAUAUAAUAAAUAUACUUACCACAUCUAAAAGUGUCCUUAUGCCAAUAGAAAACCAAAUUCCAACUGACCUAAACAGUUAGGGGAAUUUAUUGGCUUACAAAAGUCUAGAGGUAGGACUGCCUUCUAGUGAGACAAGUCCAGUGUCUGAAAUUGUCACCAGACACCAUUUUUCUCCAUAGCUUGUCUCUGCUUCCUAAGUGUUGGCUUCCUUCUCUCAGCAUGCUAUCUCCUUGUGGUUGAAAGGUGGCUGCCAGCAGCUCUUGGGGGCUAUAUAUUUUUAGGUGCAAAUCUAGCAGAAAAGUUGUCUUCUCCAUUAUCACAAACAAAAUCUUGAAAUUGAAUUUUAUUGGAUCAGAUUGGCCUAACUUGGGACAGGUGCCCAUCCUUGAAUCCCUUGAAGUUGCCAGGGGAUGGGAUGUGAAGGUUGGUCUAAGCCAGUCAUGGGCUUGGUACACCUCAUCAGACCAAAUGGCUGGAAAUUCUGGGGUCCGGUUUGGGAAAGGAGAAGACAGCAUGGAUGCUGGGAGUCAGUUCUAGUGAAAUGUUUGUAUUGGAGCUCUUUGUUUUAUUACCUAUUAAUCUGUAGGCCAGCAAGCCACUCUAAUUUAAGUACAAUUAUUGUUGGAAGAAUGAAGAAUCGGGUUCUAGCUCCUUGCUAUUCUAAGUGGCUCAUGAACUGGCAGUUUAGGCAUCAUCUAGGACAGGAGUUUGGCGAACUUAGCUUAUAAAAAGUCAGAUAGAAAAGAUGACCGCAUAUGGUCUUUGUCACGUAUUCUGUCCCUUUCCUUUUAACCAGCUCUUUAAACAUGUAAAAACCAUUCUCAGUUGGAGGCUCAAAUCCACUCUACAGGCCAUAGUUUGUCAACCCCUAAUUUAGGCACCUGUUUAGAAAUGCAAAAUCUCAGACUCACCUUGCUCCAGACCUACUAAAUUAGAAUCUGCUUUUAAUGAGAUUGCCAGGUGAUUUGUAUGUAAACUAAAGUUUCCUGAAACCUGUGAUAUUAAUAGAUCGCAACUCUGGCGGCACAUGGGAGUCACCUGGGGCGGUCUUACAACUAAGGCCUUGGGCCCACUCCUAGAGAUUCUACUGUGGUUGAUACAGGUGGAGCCAUGGUGCAGGAUUUUUAAGAGCUCACUGGGUGAUUCUAAUGUAGAGCCAGAAUUCAGAAUGACUCUCUAGACUAGGAAGCAUAGCUGCCUCCGCCGCAUCUAGUGUAGCAGGUAAACAACCAUGGCCGCAGUAUUUUUUAGUUCUUCUCAUCCAGAGGUGGAGUUGGCUUUUCCCAAUUCCUUGAGCUGGGUUGGACUCAUGGCUUGGUUUGACCAGUAGCAUGUGGUGGAAGUAAUAUUGUGCAGGGUCCAGAGUCAGCCUCAGAAGACCUUGUAGCUUUUGCCUUUGCCCACUUGGAACACUCCCUCUGUCAUGGCAGAAGCGCCUGUUAGACUAUUGAAUACCAAGGACCAGGUGGAGAACGAGCCAGCAGACAACCAGCACUGAGGUUCCAAGUACAAGUGAGGCCAUCUUACACUCUCCAGCUCUGUUAAGCAGUCAAGAGUACUGGCUGCAUUGAGUGAUCCAGGGGAGACCAGUGGAAUUGGUCCCUAGUUGAGGACAGCUAACCUAGAGAAUUAUGAGAAAUAAGAAAUUACAGUUUUAGGCCAGGCAUGGUGGCUCAUGCCUAUAAUCCUAGCACUUUGGGAGGCCGAGAUGGGAGGAUCACUUGAAGCUAGGAGUUCGAGAUUAGCCUGGUCAUCAUAGGAAGACUCCAUCUCUUUAAAAAAAAAAAAAAGCUGGGCACCUUGGGUCAAACCUGUAAUCCCAGCACUUUGGGAGGUCGAGGCAGGUGGAUUACUUGAGCUCAGGAGUUCGAGACCAGCCUGACCAAUAUGGUGACACCUUGUCUCUACUGAAAAUACAGAAAUAGCUGGGUAUAUUGGUUUGCACCUAUAGUCCCAGCUACUCGGGAGGCUGAGACAGAAUUGCUUGUACCUGGAAGGCAGAGGUUGCAGUGAGCCGAGAUUGUGCCACUGCACUCCAGCCUGGGUGACAGAGUGAGACUCUAUCUCAAAAAAAAAAAAGAGCAGUUUUAAGCCAGUGCAUUUUAGAGUGGCUUGUUAUGCAGUAAUCAGUGAGACAACUGGGAGAGCUGCCAUUCAAUCAGGAUCUGCUCAUCAAAGAAAGAUCUGUACUGCCUCCGUUAUUUCCGCCAGCAAAAUGGAUGCCUCACAUCUUCAUAGACUCCUUUCUGAAUUCAAGUGUGAUACUAGCAUAUAUGAUUAGCACCCCGAUCACAUCUGGAACCCUAACUACAAGGAGGCCUGGGAAAUAGUUUGACUUUCUAAUCCCUGCAGCAUGUAAAUGCACCUAAGCUAAUAAGUUCAGUGAGCCAAGACAGAGUAUCUAAUUCUAUCCAACAAGCUCUGUAUGUCCGCAUGUAACUCCCAGUCCAGGCAUGCCUCAAAGAUAGUGUGUGUUUGGUUCCACAUCACCACAAUGAAGCAAGUCACACAAGUUGUUUGACUUCCCAGUGCAUAUAAAAGUUAUGUUUAUACUAUAGUCUGUUUAGUAGGUAAUAGCAUUAUGCCUAAAGACAAUGUAGAUACCUUAAUUUAAACAUGCUUUAUUACUAAAAAAUUCUAAUGAUCAUCUGAGUCUUCAGUGAGUUAUGUUUUUGCUAGUGGAGGGUCUUGCCCCUGUUGAUGGCUGCUGACUGAUCAGAGUGGUGGCUACUGAAGGUUGGGGUGGCAGUGGUCAUUUCUUAAAACAACAGAAGUUUGCCACAUCAAUUGACUCCUUUCACAAAAGAUUUCUCAGUAGCCUGUGAUGCUGUUUGACAGCAUUUUAUCCACAGCAGAACUUCUUUCAUAGGAGGCGUGAAUCCUCUCAAACUGCUGCUGCUUCAUCAACUAAGUUUAUGUAAUCUAAAUCAUUCGUUGUCAUUUCAACAGUGUUCACAGCGUCUUCACCGGGAAUAGAUUCCAUCUCAAGAAACUACUUUCUUUGCUCAUCCAUAAGAAGUAACUUCUCACCUGUUCAAGUUUUAUAAUGAGAUUGCAGCAAUUCAGUCACAUCUUCAGGCUCCACUUCUAAUUCUAGUUAUCUUGCUAGUUUUUUUUUUUUUAGGUGGAGUUUCGCUCCUGUUGCUGAGGCUGGAGUGCAAUGGCGCAAUCUUGGCUCACUGCAACCUCUAUCUCCCUGGUUCAAGUGAUACUCUUGCCUCAGCCUCCUAAGUAGGUGGGAUUAUAGGCACCUACCACCAGGUCCAGUAAAUUUUUUAGUAUUUUUAGUAGAGAUGGGCUUUCACUGUAUUGGCCAGGCUGGUCUUGAACUCCUGACCCCAGGUGAUCCCCACCCCCAUACCUCCCAAGGUGUAGGGAUUACAGGCAUGAGCCACCGUGCCCAGUCUUUAAUUCUCUAUUUCUAUCACAUUUGCAGUUACUUACUCUGCUGAAGUCUUGAGCCCCCGCAAAGUCAUACUUGAGUGUUGUAAUCAACUUUUCCUUAAACUCCCGUUAAUGCUGAUAUUUUGACCUCCCUUCAUGAAUCUUGAAUGUUCCUGGUGACAUCUAGAAUUGUAGAUCCUCCCCAGAAGCUUUUCAAUUUACCUUGCCUGGAUCCAUCAGAAGAAUCAUGGCUAUUGCCAGGAAUCUGUGGCUGCUGCUUUAUGAAAUACAUUUCUUAGGAAAAAACAAAACGCAUUUCUUAAUAAGACUAGGAAGUGGAAAUUACUCCUUGAUCUGUGUGGAUGCAAAAUGGCUGUUGUGUUAGCAGCCAUGAAAACAAUACUCAUCUUGUACCUGUGCAUCUGAGCUGGUUGGCCAGGCACACUGUCAGUGAACAACAAUAUUUUUAAUGGAAUCUUUUUUUUCCUUAGCAAUUUGGUCUCAACAUUGGGCUUAAAAUAUUCGGGCAUGGUGGCUCGUGCCUGUAAUUCCAGUACGUUGGGAGGCCAAGGCAGGUGGAUCACCUGAGGUCAGGAGUUUGAGACCAGCCUGGCCAACAUGGUGAAACCCCAUCUCUACUAAAAACACAAAAAUUAGCCAGAUGUGAUGGCAGUUGCCUGAAAUCUCAGCUACUCAGAGGGUUCAGGCAUGAGAAUCACUUGAACCUGAAAGGCGGAGGUUGCAGUGAGCUGAGAUUGUACCACUGCACUCCAGCCUGGGUGACAGUGAGACUCCAUCUCAAAAAAUAAAAAUAUCUGGGCGCAGUGGCUCAUGCCUGUAAUCCCAGCACUUUGGGAGGCUGAGGUGGGCAGAUCACCUGAGGUCAGGAGUUCGAGACCAGCCUGACCAAGACGGGGAAACCCUGUCUCUACUAAAAAUACAAAAAUUAGCCGGGUGUGGUGGCAGACGCCUGUAAUUCCAGCUACUUGAGAAGGAGAAUCGCUUAACCCAGGAGAUGGAGGUUGCAGUGAGCUGAGAUUGUGCCACUACACUCCAGCCUGGGGGACAGAGCAAGACUCCAUCUCAAAAAUAAAGUAAAAUUAAAUAUUCAGUAAACCAUGCUGUAAACAGAUGUGCUGGGAUGUCAUCUAGGCUUUGUUGUUGGACUUCUAGAGAAUGGGCAGAGUAGUUGAGCAUCCUUUUUAAGGGCUCUAGUAUUCUCAGAAUGGUAAAUGAGCAUUGACUUCAACUUAAUCACCAACGGCAUUAGUGCCUAAUAAACUCAGCCUGUCCUUUGAAGCCAGGCAUUGCCUACACUCUAGCAAUGAAAGUUCUAGAUGGCAUCUUCUUCCAAUAGAAGGCUGUUUCAUCUACACUGCAGAUAUGUUUAGUGUGGUCACCUUCGUCCUAGGAUCUUCUUGAUAAGUGGCUGUGGUUUCUACAUCAGCACUUGCUGCUUCAGGUUGCACUUAUGUGUUAUAGAGACAGCUGCUUUCCUCUGUCUAGGAAUCAUCCUCUGCUAGCUUCAGACUUUUCCUGAGCUUCCUCACUUCUUUCAGCUUUCAUAGAAUUGAAGAGAGUUAGAGUCUUGCUCUGGAUUGGCUGUGGCUUAAGGGAACGUUGUGGCUGAUUCAGUCUUCUGUUCAGACUACUAUAAUUUUCUUCAUGUCGGCAGUAUGGCUGUUUUGCUUUCUUUUUUAAUUUUUUUCGGGGGGCGGGGGGUGGCGGGGAGAGAGAGAGUCUUGCUCUGCCGCCCAGGUUGGAGUGCAAUGGCACAAUCUCAGCUCACUGCACCCUCUGCCUCCCAGGUUCAAGCAAUUCUUCUGCCUCAGCCUCCCCAGUAGCUGGGAUUACAGGCACCCACCACCACACCUGGCUAAUUUUUGUAUUUUUAGUAGAGAUGGAGUUUCACAUUGUUGGCCAGACUGAUCUCCAACUCCUGACCUCAGGUGAUCUGCCCAUCUGGGCCUCCCAAAGUGCUGAGAUUACAGGCAUGAGCCACCACACCUGGCCUACUAUUUAUCUGUUCUCAGGAAUAACACUUUAAAUUUCCUUCAAUAGUUUUGCUGCUGUUGAGACAGGGUCUAGUUCUGUCACCCAGGUUGUAGUGCAGUAGUGCAUUUGUAGCUCACUGCAACCUUGACCUCCUGGGCCCAAGCUGUCUUUCCACCUUAGCCUCCCAAGUAGCUAGUAUUACAGAUGCAAGCCACCACUCUUGGCUAAUUUUUAAAUUUUUUGUAGAGACAGGGUCUCACUGUGGUGCCCAGGUUGGUUUCAAACUCCUGAACUCAAGCUAUCUUCCUGCCUCAGCUUCCCAAAGUGCUGGGGUUACAGGUUGAGCCAUCGUGCCCAGCAAGAAUUGUUUCUUUGCAUUUACAACUUGACUGUGACAGGCUUAGCUUUCAGCCCAUCUCAGCUUUUGACAUGCAUUCUUCAUUAAGCUUAAUUAUUUCUAGUUGGCCGGGUGCAGUGGCUCACGUCUGUAAUCCCAGCACUUUGGGAGGCUGAGGUGGGCAGAUCACCUGAGGUCAGGAGUUUAAGACCCGCCUGGCCAACAUGUUAAAACCCUGUCUCUUCUUAAAAAAAAAAAACAGUCAGGCGUGGUGGUGGGUGCCUGUAGUCCCAGCUACUUGGGAGGCUGAGGCAGGAGAAUUGCUUAAACCUGGGAGGCGGAGGUUGCAGUGAGCCGAGAUUGUGGCACUGCACUCCAGCCAACGGGCGAUAGAGCAAGGCUCUGUCUCACAAAAAAAAAAAAAAAAAUUCUAGUGAUUUCAAGUGAGAGACAUGUGACUGUUCAUUUUACUUGAACACUUAGAAGGGAUUGAGGGUUAUUAAUUGACCCAAUUUUAAAUCGUUGUGUUCCAAGGAGCAGGGAGGCCCAAGGAAAGGGAAGGAUGGGCGCAGGCUGGUUGGUGGAGCAGUCCGAACCUGUACGACAUUGAGUUCAGUGUCUCAUAUGGUCAUGGUUCGUGCCAACCCAGAACAAUUUCAGGAGGAACAUCAAAGGUCACUGAGCACAAAUCACCAUAACAGAUAGGAAAACAUUUGAAGUGUUGCAAGAAUUACCAAAAGAUGGCACAGAACUGCCAAGGGAGCACAUGCUAUUGGAAAAAUGAUGCUAAAAGACAUGCUAGAUGUAUGAUUGCCACGAACCUUUAAUCUGUGUGACAAACUUGGGAUAUCUGUGAAGUACAGUAAAUCGAGUUAUGCCUGUGUGUGUAAUGUAUUCAGUAUGUGUAUGCUGCAUCUGAUAGGUUCUGAACUUAAGCCUGGGGCCAGCCUGUAUAAUGUACUCUUAGUGUCCUCAGCCUGACAGACAUUUCUGGGGAGAUCCUCAUGGUAAAUAUUUUAGGCAAAAAGGUCUGGCUUUGCUUCAUUCCAGAUUCCCAACCUCAUGUGUUUAUAUUCCUUUUAAAACUUGUGCUUCAAAAUUAUAAGUGAAUUGGUGACAGGUAGAAGUAAUCUUUUAUUUGAAUCGAUUGGGUAGUAUUAAGCUGCUGGAAAUGUAAAAGAUUCUCAUCCUUUGUAUUUCUUGGUCCAGUACGUGACAAAUGCUAGAAAUCAACAAUACUGGGUUACAACUUGCCAUGUUCAUUCAUUCAUUCAUUCAUCAUUUAUUGAGCCGGAGUCUUGCCCUAUCACCCAGGCUAGAGUACAUGGUGCAAUCUUGGCUCACUGCAACCUCCAUCUCCUAGGUUCAAGUGCUUCUCCUGCCUCAGCUUCCUGAGUAGCUGGGAUUACAGGUGGCAUCACGCUCAGCUGAUUUUUGUAUUUUUAGUGUAGAUGGGUUUCACCACAUUGACCAGGCUGGUCUUGAACUCCUGAUCUCUCAUGAUCCUCCUGCCUAAGCCCCCGAAGUGCUGGGAUUACUGUGCCUGACUGGCAACUUGUCAACUUUAUGGUAAAUAUAUUCGUAUUACUUUAUGAUACACCUUUGUUUUGGCCCAAAGUGACAUUACUUGUUUUGAUUAAUUGCCACUUUACUAACUAGACCUAUCUCCAAGUUACUUUGGUAUCUUUAAUAAAAAAUCAAAUCGGGCCUGGCACAGUGGCGCAUGCCUGUGAUGUCAGCACUUUGGGAGGUCGAGGUGGGCGGGUCUCUCCCACUGAAGCAGGAGAAUUGCUUGAACCUGGGAGGUGGAGGUUGCAGUGAGCUGAGAUUGCACCAUCGCACUCCAGCCUGGGUGACCUGAGAGUCUCUGUCUCAAAAAAGGAAAAAAAAAUUAAAUCUAAUUGCAAAGUUAACAUCUGCCACUUUAGAAAUUAUAGGAAUGUAUUUGGCUGUAAGUAAACUGGUGGUUUUAGUAAGAGGGAGAGUUAUUUAUCAAAUAUAGAAUGAUGGGAGGUAAGUAGCUGCUGUCUGCUCAGUGGCUCAAAAAUGUCAAGGUUAGUGUUUGAAUCCCUUGGCCUGUCUCUUAGCAUUUGAGAUGACUGCCAAUCUCUAGGCAUUACCUCCUUAUUUAAGGCGGAAAGAAGGGGCUGUGCUUGACAUGAGUGAUGCGUUCAUUUUUAUCAGGUAAACAAAACCUUUCCAAGAGGCUUUUGAAAAAUUCUUAAGUCUCAUUUGGCCACGGUUCUGUGUGAUAUGGUUACCACUAGCUAUAGGGGAGGCUGGAAAAGUGAAGAUAUUUCCUAUUACAGAAAAAGCAGGCAAGGGGAAAGGGUUGGAAAUAGAUUUGGAAUUAGCUAUAUGACAGGGUUUGCUAAAGGCUGUUAAAUAGCUAAUUUAUAAGACUGGUCACAGGCUCUGAGGGAGUUAGGAGCCAUUUAGAGCAACAGUACCAUUGGUUGAAUAAGUUCAUAACUUUCCAAAAUAGAUAAACUUGUUCAAACCUUUUCUGCUUUUUCUGUAAUACAUUUCUUUGAAAGGAAUAUCACUUAUUUGGAAGUGUAAAUUCUGAAUUUAAAAUCUCAAGUCAAAUUACUUUAUCAUCCCUUUCCUCACCAUGUGAUUUCUGAGUUGAGUGGUCUCUUUGUUGAAGAGAAAGGGCAUUCUAGGCAAGAAGUAGUGGUAGACCUAUGCCAGUGUUCUGAGUUUCAUUAGUCUCCAGAAUGCCUGUUAAGAUACCUCCACCUGGACAUCAUAUGAGCAUCUUUACAAUACUUUAUUGAGAUAGAAUUUACAUAUAGUAAAAUGUGUAAGUAUUAAAUAUACAGCUAGUGUAUUCUGAUAAAUAUAUACACCUGGGUGACUAUCACCUAAAUCAAGAUAAAGACUGCCAUCAUCCCAGAGAGUUUCCUCUUGCCCCUUUCCGAUCAAGCCCCACCCAUUCCAGGCAAUCACUUUUCUGAUGUUUAUCACAACAGACGUGUCUGUCAACUUCUUGGCAGUGAAAGUCGCAGAAUCACAUAUGAUGUUUUCUUCUGUGUUUGGCUUCUUUUGCUCAACAGUGUUUUUGAGAGUUAUCCAUGAUGUAUGAUUAGUUCUUUCAGACUUUCUUUCCUUUUUUUGGCCAAGUGUAAUAUUCCAUUAUAUGAAAAUACCACAGAAUUUCCCCUGUUAAUGGAAAUGUAAGUUUCAGUUUUUAGCCAGAGUAAUAAAGCCACCAUGACUGCAAGCGUGUUAAGCAGUACCCCAGAUGCAAUUGUUCAUCUCUUAUCUUCAGUUGCCUGUUGUGAGGCUUCCAGUUUUCCUCAUCUUAUUGAAUAGUACCGCCUUCCUUGGAGAAUAGUACCACCAUGCUUUGAGUUACUCAAAAUAAAAUGAAAUCAUUUUUUGAUCUUUUUUAUUCUAACAGAUAAUUAUUGACCUUUUUUUAGGGACUAGAAUUAGUGAUAGAGAUAUAAAACUAAUGGAGGCACGGGCAAUAAUGGAGAUAAGUAUUUAAAAACUGCUUUAGAACUCUAGAAGUGCAAAGGAGAGAAGUACCCAACCUGGGGCAGCUAGGGCAGACUUCCUGGAGGAGAAGAUAUAUUAACUGAGAUCUGAAGGGCCCAAACAAGUUAAACAGAGGGAAGUAUAUAUGCGUAGCAUUGUCAUAGGUAGAGAGCAAGGGAGAUCAGGAACUGCGAGAAAGUCAGUAUCACAGCUACAGAGAGGAUUUGAGGUGGUGGAGGGAGAAAGCAGCAAGAGAGGAAGGGGUCAGGUUUAAGGAUGUGUGCUGACUUUGAUGGGGUGAUGAGAAGUUACUGUGGGGUUAAAGCAGGGGAACAUUACACUUGUGCUUAAUGCAAUGUGAAGGGCGCGCUUGGAGUGGGGCAGUGCUGGAAGCAAGGAGGUCUGCUAGGAAACGGUGGCGUAUUCCAGGCCAGAAGGGAGAAGCUAAGGAGCUGCAUUGGAAUUAGGAAGAGAUUUUUGGCCCUCUAAGAGGACAUUUGAGAAACUAGUGAAUGUUGAGGAAAAGCAGUGUCAGGCAAGAAAAAUAUGCAACAGGUUAAAGUUUAUUAAAGUUAAGGAAACUGUUGACAUGAUCCAGGCAUGAACUAAGGGACUAGACCAGGAAUUUUAGAAGUAUUUUGGAUAGAGUUGGCUUUUCAUUGGGUAAGAAUAAAGGAAAGAAAACUCCAAAAUGACUUCUAGAUUUUUUUUUUUUUUGAGACAGGGUCUCUGUUGCCCAGGCUGGAGUGCAGUGGUAUCAUCUUGGCUCACUACAACCUCCACCUCCCGGGUUCAAGAGAGUCUCAUGCCUCAGCCUCUAGAGUAGCUGGGAUUACAGGUGCGCACCAUCACACCCAGCUAAUUUUUGUAUUUUUAGUAGAGACAGCGUUUCCCAAUGUUGGCCAGACUGGUCUCGAACUCCUCACCUUCAGUGAUCUGCCUUCCUCGGCCGUGCAAAGUGCUGGGAUUACAGGUGUGAGUCGCCGUGCUCAGCCUAGAUUUUUAACCUCAGUAAUAUGGUCCUACUGAAAGAGUUCAUCAGAAAUGGAGGUGUUUUUAGAGGAGAGUAAAUUAGUUCUAUUUUGAAUAUAUUGGUUUUAAAGUAAUGGGGAGCAUAUCCAAGUAGCAGUAUUCAAUACACAGUUGGAAACACCAGAGUAGAAAGUUGAGGUUAGGACAAAAGAAACAAAUUUGAAUCAUUUACCUGCUUAGAAGUCAUUCAGGCCACAAAAAAUUCAACCAAAUGUGCGCUUGUUUUAGGGGCUAGGAUACAGAGACAAAAGACAUGUCCAAUCUCUGCUUUUGAGGAGCUUUGCGGCCAGUAGGGAUAGUAUGUCAUGAUAUUCCACACUGAAUAUUAUGCAUUAUAUAUAAUGUUAUCCCUGAACAUAUCCCUUAUAUAAAAACAACGUACAUUGUUAUCCCUUAAAUAAGGGAUAGCCAGGCAUGGUGGCUCAUCCCUGUAAUCCCAGCACUUUGGGAGUCCAAGGUGGGUAGAUCACCUGAGGUCAGGAGUUUGAGACCAGCCUCACCAACAUGGUGAAACCCCAUCUCUACUAAAAAUAUAAUAAUUAGCUGGGCAUGGUGGUGGGUGCCAGUAAUCCCAGCUACUAAGGAGGCUGAGGCAGGAGAAUCAUUUGAACCUGGGAGGCGGAGGUUGCAGUGAGCUGAGAUUGUGUCAUUUAUACUCUAGCCUGGGUAACAGAGUGAGACUCUAUCUCAAAAUACUUAAGAAAUAAUGUGUUCAGGGUACAAACAGGAAGGGAUCUUUACUUUGCAACCUGGGAAAGUUACGUUUUUACAAAAGAAAAAGAAGAAUGUAUGUAAGUUGAGUUUGAAUUGGGUAGAGGAACUAGGGUGGAGGAAAAGGGGAAAACCCUGGGAGUUAAAGGUGAAUUUUAAGAGUAGGAAAUGCUGUUAUAGAAGCUAGGACUGGGAGGCGUGAUCAGUGGUAUUAGAUGUUUUGAGGAGGUCAAGCUGUAAAGACUCAAACAACAAAGAUUUUUUUUUUACUGUUGGUGUAAGAACUAACAAAUAUGUUUGGUGGAUGUCCCCAAAACAGUGAAAUAAAGAAGAGGAGAGGUGGAAGGAGUUUAUUAAUUUGUAAUGGUCAAUAUUUAUAAAAGGAAAUAAUUAUUUGAAUUUGGAAUGUCUUCAAGGACAAUACAUGUAUUUGUUCUAGAAAUUGACCAAACUUUAAACAAAAAAAUCAGAAGUCAUUCUGAGCUGAUUGAAACUGACGGCUGGGUGUGGUGGCUUACGCCUGUAAAUUCAGUACUUUGGGAGGCCAAGGUGGGUGGAUCAUGAGAUCAAGAGUUCGAGACCAGCCUGGCCAAUAUGGUGAAACCCCAUCAAUACUAAAAAUACAAAAAUUAGCUGGGUGUGGGGGCAUGCACCUGUAGUCUCACCUACUCAGGAGGCUAAGGCAGGAGAAUUGCUUGAACCCUAGAGGUGGAGGUUGCAGUGAGCCGAGACUGCACCACUGCACUCCAGCCUGGGCUACAGAGCGAGAAGCCGUUAAAAAGAAAGAAAGAAAGAAACUGACAAUUGAUGUGGCACCGUGACUCAUGCUAUAGUCCCUAGCACUUUGGGAGGCUAUGGCAAGAGGAUUGCUUGAGCCCAAGACCAGCUUGGGCAACAUGGCAGAACCCCAUCUCUACAAAAAGUACAGAAAUUGUAACAGAGUGUGGUAGCUCAUGCUUGUAGUCCCAGCUGCUUGGGAGGCUGGGGCAGGAGGAUUGCUUGAGACUGAGACAUGGAAGCUGCAGUGAGCCGUGAUCGUACCACUAGGAGAUGGAGGGAGUCCUCCAUCGUACUCCAGCCUGGGUGAUGGAGGGAGACCCUGCCUCAAAAAAUAAUAAUAAUAAUUUAGGGUUCUCUAGCUUUUACCAGGUUUUCACAUUUCUUCUGUGUGGAGGAUGGAUACAAAUUAUUUUGUUGACUGAUACCAAGUAAUAUCCCAAAGUAGUAUCCUCUGAAGUUGCUGUAGUUUGUGUAUCGCCUUUUCCAGAAAGGUUGAAUUUUGUGACUUUGAAUUCUGAGAAUAGGAGGAGUCCUGGCUGUUUUUGGGCUGUAGAGUGAGAGCAGACUGAGAUGCUGAUGAUGCAGGCCAAGUGGAGGGUCACAGAAGGUGCGGUUUGCAAGACGCCAUUGUGUUUCUAAUCUGUUAUUUUUG